GCAGCCGGAACCGGAAGCGCCCGCCGGGUCCCGCCCCGCCCCCAACCGCCGCGAGGCCCCGGAGGCCCCUCCCAAGGCGGUUUUCCGCCCCGCCCCCGAGCCGAGGCUCCGACGCCCAGGACUGGGGAAGAAGCUGCGCCUCGGGCGCGCGGGGAGUCGGGGCGAGGCCUUGGCGGGAAGGCGAGGUGCAGCUUCUCUAGCCCGCGCGGUCCUCCCCCGUCUCUGUGGUCCGGGGAGGGGGCGGGGCCCAACCGUGGGGCGAGAACGGGGUGGGGCGCCCCGCGCCCUGGCUCCGCCUCCCACCCCUCCUCCGCCUCCUCCCCUUCCCCCGAGUUCCCCCUGGGGAAGAGUGGGUGGGUAGGUGGGGAUUCCCGGCGGGUGGCGGAGUCACAGUCGCUUCAGCCAGGCUGCGGAGCGGACGGACGCGCCCGGUGCCCCGGGGGAGGAGGAGGUGGAGAGGAAAAGACGCCCUCUCUGCCCGAGACCUCUGGAGGCUCUGACCCCAGGGGCCAGGGGACUGACAAGUUCCUCCACCUCGGCUGCCUGAAGAGGCCGCGACCCUGGAGGCCCCUGAGCCCACCGCACCAGGGGGCCCAGCACCACCCGGGUGGCCUAAAGCGACAGUAUCUGGGACCACUGCGAGGUUUCCAGUUGCCUAGACAACGAGCCUGGGGUCAGAGCCUCCACCCUUCCAGCCACCUGCCUCCUCUGCUGCCUCAGGCACCAGUCCCAGACCCGUGAGUCCAGCCCAGGUGACAUGACGGUGCUCUCGACCCCCCGGCCCUCGCGGGUGACCAUGCUGAAGCGCACAGCUGUGGUCCUGGCCCUCACGGCCUAUGGGGCCCACAAAAUCUACCCCCUGGUGCGGCAGUGCCUGGCUCCGGCCAGGGGCCCUCAGACGCCGGCUGGGGAGUCCGCGCAGGAAGCUUCCGGGGCCACGGUGGGCGCAGCGGCCAAGGCCGGUGUCAACCGGGCGUUCCUCCAGCGACUCCUGCGGCUCCUGCGGCUGCUCUUCCCCAGGCUCCUGUGCCGGGAGACGGGGCUGCUGGCGCUGCACUCAGCCGCCCUGGUGAGCCGGACUUUCCUGUCGGUGUAUGUGGCCCGCCUGGACGGCCGGCUGGCCCGCUGCAUCGUGCGCAAGGACCCCCGGGCCUUCGGCUGGCAGCUCCUGCAGUGGCUCCUCAUCGCGCUCCCCGCCACCUUCAUCAACAGUGCCAUCCGCUACCUAGAGGGCCGACUGGCCCUGGCGUUCCGCAGCCGGCUGGUGGCCCACGCCUACAGCCUCUACUUCUCCCAGCAGACCUACUACCGGGUCAGCAACAUGGACGGGCGGCUCCGCAACCCGGACCAGUCCCUGACGGAGGAUGUGGUGGCCUUUGCCGCCUCCGUGGCCCACCUCUACUCCAACCUGACCAAGCCGCUCCUGGACGUGGCUGUGACCACCUAUACCCUGGUUCGAGUGGCCCGCUCCCGCGGGGCCGGCACAGCCUGGCCCUCGGCCAUCGCUGGCCUUGUGGUGUUCCUCACGGCCAACGUGCUGCAAGCCUUCUCGCCCAAGUUCGGGGAGCUGGUGGCAGAGGAGGCGCGGCGGAAGGGGGAGUUGCGCUACAUGCACUCCCGGGUGGUGGCCAACUCGGAGGAGAUUGCCUUCUAUGGGGGCCACGAGGUGGAGCUGGCCCUGCUGCAGCACUCCUACCAGGACCUGGCUUCGCAGAUCAACCUCAUUCUGCUGGAACGCCUGUGGUACGUCAUGCUGGAGCAGUUCCUCAUGAAGUACGUGUGGAGCGCCUCGGGACUGCUCAUGGUGGCAGUCCCCAUCAUCACCGCCACCGGACACGCGGAGUCAGACUCGGAGGUGGCAAAGAAGGCGGCCCUGGAGGCGAGGGAGGAGGAGCUGGUGAGCGAGCGCACGGAAGCUUUCACUAUCGCCCGCAACCUCCUCACAGCUGCCGCGGACGCCAUCGAGCGGGUCAUGGUGUCCUACAAGGAGGUGACAGAGUUGGCUGGCUACACAGCCCGGGUCCACGAGAUGUUCCAGGUAUUUGAAGACGUCCAGCACUGCCGUUUCAAGAGGCCUGGGGAGCCAGAGGACACUCAGGCAGGGUCCGGGGCCGUGGUGAGGUCUGGUGUCCGUGUGGAGGGGUCCCUGCAGAUCCGAGGUGGAAGAGGGCAUGCACCUGCUCAUCACGGGCCCCAACGGCUGCGGCAAGAGCUCUCUGUUCCGUAUCCUGGGCGGUCUCUGGCCCACCUAUGGUGGCGUGCUCUACAAGCCCCCACCCCAGCGCAUGUUCUACGUCCCCCAGAGGUGAGCGGUGGGGUGCUGGGGCCACCGGCGGCUGGGCGGGGGUGGGGGAAGAGGGAGAGAGCCAGGGUCCCCACGUCCGCCCCCACCCCUUCUGACCUGCGGAACCUGACGUCCCGGAGAUGGCAGGGCCUGAGGCCUGGGCAGAGGACGGCAAGGUGCUGCCACCCCGCCCCGCCCGCCCAACAGCUUCACAGCUGGGGGUGCGUGUGCAUGCGUGAGUGCGUGUGGGCGAGUACCGGCAUGUGUGCCGUGAUGCGUGUGUGCAACCUGAGUGUGCGUGCGUGUGUGAGUGGGUGGGCGCGGCACUCUGUGCGGCAGUGUCUGCGGCCUUCCGGUCAGCCCCCCUCGGGCAGGCAGGGCCCAUGCGGAGCCUGCUCGGGAGCAGGGCAUCGGCAGGGAAGCCGGGCCGCCCUUCCCUCGGUGGACACGUGGCUCUCCCGCAGACCCUACAUGUCUGUAGGCUCCUUGCGCGACCAAGUGAUCUACCCAGACUCUGUGGAGGACAUGCGAAGGAAGGGCUUUUCAGAGCAGCACCUGGAAGCCAUUCUGGACAUCGUGCACCUGCACCACAUCCUGCAGCGGGAAGGAGGUUGGGAGGCCGUGUGUGACUGGAAGGACGUUCUGUCCGGGGGCGAGAAGCAGAGAGUUGGCAUGGCCCGCAUGUUCUACCACAGGCCCAAGUACGCCCUCCUGGAUGAAUGUACCAGUGCCGUGAGCAUCGACGUGGAAGGCAAGAUCUUCCAGGCGGCCAAGGAUGCAGGCAUUGCCCUGCUCUCCAUCACCCACCGACCCUCCCUGUGGAAGUACCACACACACCUACUACAGUUCGACGGGGAGGGUGGCUGGAAGUUCGAGAAGCUGGACUCGGCCGCCCGCCUGAGCCUGACCGAGGAGAAGCAGCGGCUUGAGCAGCAGCUGGCGGGCAUCCCCAAGAUGCAGCGGCGCCUCCAGGAGCUCUGCGAGAUCCUGGGCCAAGGCCCUGGAGUCCUCCAGGCCGCUGCCACCUGACACACGGCCCUGGCUCUUAGCCCUUGGCCCACGCCCCACACCAAGCCCUCGGAUCACGUGAAGGAAACGGAGCGCCUGCCCACCAAGCCUUCCCCCCCACCGCCCCGCUGCAGGCCCACCCUGCAUGCUUUGCCGUCCUCCCAGGCCUCCCAGAGGACAGCCAGCGAAACCCGUGCCCACUUCCCAGCCCCACCAGACUGGGACCUGGGCAAGUAGAAGGGGAGAGGGGCCAGAGGCGCGGCCCCGCUCACAGCACCAGCCUGUGCCCAGGAGCCUUGGUGUUGGCGGCGCAGCGCCUCCUAAGUCUGGAGUCCCCCCAUUCCCUCCUCUGCGGUCCCUUGGAGACAUCACAGACGGUCCAUCUCUCUAUUGCCAUCAUCCCAGUGGCCCGCCAAGGCUCCCGUCCCCCGGAACACCCUCACUGCCAUAAAGACGGCCAAGUGGGCCCCGCGAUGAGGCAGGGCCCGUCAUCUGUGCCCCUUCUCCCCACCAGUCAUCCCAAAGAGCCUUCGGGAGAAAGAAUUGCACAACGUUUCCUACCGAGCAAUGACGAGAAUGUAGUCCCUGUCCGCCUCCGUCCCCAGCCCUCCCUCCUUCAAGCUAAUUUAUUGGAUUCCCCUUUGCAGCCCUCCGUAUCGUCAACAUGAGCACCCUGCUAGCGGGAGAGGUGGCCUGGGCCGCCAGCCAGCCCGCUACCCCACCGGCCUACACUGCCAACCGCCAGGGCGUGGGUGGGGGCGGGGACGCUGGGGCUGCCAGUUCAGUGCCAAAGAGGGGUCAGUGGGGAAGCUGUCUCUGCAAAGACUGCCCCCACCCGAGGGGGAGACCCCGCCACCGCGCCGCCGUGUGCCUUUCGGGUCGGGGAACCUCCCUCAGUUCCUCAGUAAAAACCUCCUGUGGAAAGUGCA